AUGACUGUCAGUAGCUACUCUGGGUCCUCUUCAUGGCAGAGAAAAGAGAAAAUUACAGGAGCUGCCCAAAAAUUGGUUCUGGGGACAAAUGAGCUAACCACCCAGAUGCAGGCUGAUAUUGAUGCAGCCUUCACCUUGGCUCAACCCAACUGGAAUUAUAACUCUGCUGAAGCUGCUCCAGACAUCCAUUGCAAGCUUCAGUUCUUAGAUGGCUUUAUGGGAAAUCAACUGACUGAAUUAGUUGCUAUAGCUGAGGAGAUUUGCAACAACUGGAAGAUCCCAAAGGGCAGACAGACCAGAGGACUGGAGAAGGUGCUGUCCACUGUUACCAGAAGUAGCUGUCCCAAUGAGAGAACUGAGAAAGUCUGGAAAAGUCAGUUCCCGGAAAGACCACAGCCCAAGGGCAGCCGAUCAGAAGCUGCCUCAUCUUCUGGCCUGAGGGGAAAAGAAAUAGUACCUGCUCCCCUUAAAACCCUGAAAUUCUCCUCUGCUUUUCUGAGAAAACAACCUUGGCAGGCAUGUACUGGUAUUGAAAACAUCGAUGAAGCUAUUACACUGCUUGAGCAAAAUAACUGGGACUUGGUGGCAGCUAUCAAUGGUGUAAUACCCCAGGAAAAUGGCAUUCUACAAAGUGACUUUGGAGGUGAGACCAUGCCAGGACCCACAUUUGACCCAGCAAGUCCACCUGCUCCAGCUCCAGCUCCCUCUUCUUCCGCGUUCCGACCUGUAAUGCCAUCCAGGCAGAUCGUAGAAAGGCAGCCGCGCAUGCUCGACUUCAGAGUUGAAUACAGGGACAGGAAUGUUGAUGUGGUACUUGAAGACAGCUGUACUGUUGGAGAGAUUAAACAGAUUCUAGAAAAUGAACUUCAGAUACCUGUGCCUAAAAUGCUGUUGAAAGGCUGGAAGACUGGAGAUGUGGAAGACAGUACGGUCUUAAAAUCACUACACUUGCCAAAAAACAACAGUCUUUAUGUCCUUACACCAGACUUACCACCACCUUCAUCAUCCAGUCAUGCUGGUGCCCUGCAGGAAUCAUUAAAUCAAAACUUCAUGCUGAUCAUCACCCACCGAGAGGUCCAGCGGGAGUACAACCUGAACUUCUCAGGAAGCAGUACCGUUCAAGAGGUAAAGAGAAAUGUGUAUGAUCUGACAAGCAUACCUGUUCGACAUCAGUUAUGGGAAGGCUGGCCAGCUUCUGCCACUGAUGAUUCAAUGUGUCUUGCUGAAUCAGGGCUCUCUUAUCCCUGCCAUCGACUCACUGUGGGACGAAGAACUUCACCUGUACAGACCCGUGAGCAAUCAGAAGAGCAAAGCACGGAUGUUCAUAUGGUUAGUGAUAGUGAUGGAGAUGACUUUGAAGAUGCUUCAGAAUUUGGAGUGGAUGACGGAGAAGUAUUUGGCAUGGCAUCAUCUACCAUGAGAAAAUCUCCAAUGAUGCCAGAAAACGCAGAAAAUGAAGGAGAUGCCUUAUUACAAUUUACAGCAGAGUUUUCUUCAAGAUAUGGUGACUGCCAUCCUGUAUUUUUUAUUGGCUCAUUAGAAGCUGCUUUCCAAGAGGCCUUCUAUGUGAAAGCCCGAGACAGAAAGCUUCUUGCUAUCUACCUCCACCAUGAUGAAAGUGUACUAACCAACGUGUUCUGCUCACAAAUGCUUUGUGCUGAAUCCAUUGUUUCUUAUCUGAGUCAAAAUUUUAUAACCUGGGCUUGGGAUCUGACAAAGGACGCCAACCGAGCAAGAUUUCUGACAAUGUGCAAUAGACACUUUGGCAGCGUUAUUGCACAAACCAUUCGGACUCAAAAGACAGAUCAGUUUCCACUUUUCCUGAUUAUCAUGGGAAAGCGAUCAUCUAAUGAAGUGCUAAAUGUGAUACAAGGUAAUACAACAGUGGAUGAGUUAAUGAUGAGACUCAUGGCUGCCAUGGAGAUUUUCUCAGCUCAACAACAGGAAGACAUAAAAGAUGAGGAUGAACGUGAAGCCAGAGAAAAUGUGAAGAGAGAGCAAGAUGAGGCUUAUCGCCUUUCCCUUGAAGCUGACAGGGCAAAGAGAGAAGCUCAUGAGAGAGAGAUGGCAGAACAGUUUCGUUUGGAGCAGAUUCGCAAAGAGCAAGAAGAGGAACGCGAGGCCAUCAGACUCUCCUUAGAACAAGCCCUGCCUCCAGAGCCAGAGGAGGAAAAUGCGGAGCCUGUUAGCAAGCUUCGGAUUCGAACCCCCAGUGGCGAGUUCCUGGAACGCCGUUUCCUGGCCAGCAAUAAGCUCCAGAUUGUCUUUGAUUUUGUGGCUUCCAAGGGAUUUCCAUGGGAUGAGUUCAAGUUACUGAGCACCUUUCCUAGGAGAGACGUAACUCAGCUAGACCCCAAUAAGUCAUUAUUGGAGGUAAACUUGUUCCCUCAAGAAACCCUUUUCCUUCAAGCAAAAGAGUAAACAUGACUGAGAGGUGGAAGCAGCCACUC